UGAAACUAAAUCGAUUGUUUGAAUGUGAAAGAAAGAGAAAAAGCAUCUCGCGUGCUAAAAUUAUCGCCAUUAUUAUGAGUUAUUAACAACAUUUUACUAUUGCUCUUGAAGCUAAUUGUUAAAAUCAUAACCCGACUUGCUAAUAAUAAUCAAGUGAUCAUAUUAUCAUGCGACAAGACGGCAAAAUAGACGUAAAACGUUUGAUAAUGGAAGUUUAUAAACAACCUGCAUUGUGGGAUCAAAAACAUGUAUUGUAUCAUUAUAGAGAAACUAAAAAUCGCAUUUGGCUGGAGUUGUCAACUAAUUUAAAUAUUCCAAAAUCAAUUUUGAAAACUAAAUGGAAAGGACUUAGAGAUACUUUUCGAGCCGAACUGAAAAAAGGAAUAAUUUAUCGCAAAAGUAAAAAUUUAAAAUAUAAGCCAACAUGGGUUCACUACAAACAUUUGCUAUUUUUAAAGGAGCAAAUUAUAUCAAAACCACCAGUUUGGGAAAGCAAUGGAAAUUCUUGUCCCGAAAAAUUCGAUAUUCAUAGUGCAGAUGACAUAAAUGAUCGCGCGGCUAAAGAGUCAUCUAAACGAAUACUAAAUCUUUCAGACGUUAAGGUUAUGAUUAGUAGAAACAUUGUUCACUCUGGUAAUAAAGAAAUCAAGAUAAGCUCCAAAAAGGCAAUCAGUCAACAUGAGACUAAUUUAGACAGUACUAUAAGCUCUAAAGAAGAAUUAAAAAGACCUAUCAGGCUAAAAAUAGCCUCUUCAAGAACUUCUAUGUAUCAAAAGUGUGAUUGUUCUAGGGUUCAAGAUGUAAAAUCUUUACAAAUAGAGAAUGCUAAUGAGAAUAACUUAAUUGAAGAUAAUAUUGAAGUGAAACAAGAGCCCUUUGAUAAUACUAUUUUGCAAAGUGAUGAAUGUCAAGCUAGUUUCCCUCAACCAUUCAAAGAAAAUGAAACGCUUCAGACAAUGCCACCAGACCCACUACGUAUUACUCGUACCAAUGAUACGAGCGUUGAACUUUCAAUAGAUCAACUUGAAGCUCAUCAUCUGGAUGAUAAUUACCAUUUUUUAAUCAGUCUUCUUCCUCAUAUAAAAAAAUUGCCAGCUGAGCAACAAAUGUUAUUGAGAAUACAGAUGCAAGAGUUGGUAUACAAAAAAGUUUAUAAGAAAAACACUGAUUAAAAUGAUUAACUUUUGUCAUAAAACAUCGGAUGACUUCAAAUAACAACUGAUUUUCUCUUUUUUUUUACUGUAGAACCGAUAAAAAUGUGUCAAAAAAAUUAAAUAUAUUUUGCUAAGUAUUUCAAAGUAAAAGUGGUAAUAAUAGACUAUUCUGAAACCAGUUAUUUAUUUUCUAAAAAAUUAUAAAAAUAUAUAAAUUGUUUUUCUUAUGAAUAAUUUUGAAUUAAACUGUUAUUAUUCAAAUCUAAUUGUCCUUAAAACUAUUAUUCAUAUUUUUAUCAA